AACACAAAACGCCCUUGAUUCAAUCAUGGGUUCCGACGACGAAGAUCAUCACUUACGGAAGUUCCAAGCCCGCCACAAGAUCAUGAUCUCUGCAAUUUUCAGUCUAUUCGUCGUCGUUUUGGUCAUCCUCUUCCUCCAUUUUUAUCUCAGAUAUCUCCACAGGCGCCGAAGGCAAUCCAGAUUAAUUAAUCUCGAACACCAGAUUUCACGGGCCGAUCGCCAGAAUCAUACGGCGGCGACGGCACCGGCGCCUAAGGCCGGCCUGGACCCUGUUCUUAUAGCCAAACUUCUGCAGGAAUCUAUCCACAAGCAAGCCGAUCAUCACGGUGAAAUUGUGGAGUGCUCGAUUUGCUUGAGCAACAUCGAAGAGAAAGCCACCGUCAGGAUUCUCCCCAAUUGCAAGCACAUAUUCCAUGUGGAGUGCAUCGAUAUGUGGCUUUUUUCCAACACAACCUGCCCUGUCUGCCGGACGGGGGUGGAGCCAAUAGUUACAGCCACCGAGCACGGCGAGGCUCCGACGGCUCCGCCGUUAGAGGAAGAGCAAUCCGGGUCUAGGUUCAGCUCGUUUAGAAGGACAAUGAGUAGAGAACGGUCUCAGACAGUUCAGCCGACGGCUCCGCCAUUGACGGAGGAGCAAUCGAGCUCGCGGCUGAGCUCUUUUAGAAGAAUGAUGAGUAGAGACAGAGAGAGAUCGUUUAGGGUUCACAGUUGUGGAGAAGGUUCGGUUCGACCAGCAGACAUGGAGAGGCAAUGAUUUCAAUUUUUGUACAGCAUACACACACUUGUUGUUGGCUUACAGGUUCGGUGCUGCAUGAAUACAAUUUUAUAAACCAUCACUGCCUCUGUUUUUGUUCUUGGGUGUUCCAAUAUUGUUCUAAUAACUCAGGAUUUUUGCUUGCACUUCGCCUACUUAUUCUUUAUACAUUUGCUUACAUGUA